AUGAAUAAUCGACAAAUGGGUCCCUUUGGCGAUUUCGAAAUAAAUAAUGCGGACAUCAUUAAAGACAAACGAAAAAAAGAUAUUAUCGUCGACGAUGGAGAAAAUUAUUCUAAAAACAAAAAGGAUAGGUAUUUAAAUCAAGAAAAAAACCGAAGGAAAGAAUGUAAUACGAAAACUAGUGUUCUCGACAAGAGAGAACAAGGAAGAAGAGAAAGGUACGAAAGGGAGGCAAUCGAAGCCGAAAGAAGAGAAAGAGAAUUAGAAUUUGGAAAAUGGGAAAAGGAAAGGAGCAAAAAUAAAUCGAAAACGGUAGGAUUAAUGUCCAAAUACAAGCCGAGACGACCUCCUCCGGGUUACAGAGAUCCCCACGAGGUCUGCAAGCAAGCCCUACCGGUUAAAUUAAAGGAAAAAAAGCGUCAGGAAAUAAAAUCUUUAAUGAACUGCAUCGCUUUUACGCCAUCUCAAACAGACUUGACCGGUACAUCGGAAGUAGAAAACAUGUCUCCCAAAAGAAAAGAGCCAAUGGCGGAAGAAAUGGAUAAUUCAUCGAGUUCGGAUACCACGUCGGACAUAACAGAUGUUACGCCUCGAUCUAGUUCUAGCGGAUGUUCUUCAAUGUCGAAACAAAGUAUGUACGUAGAUAAAGCAGAAAAUUUUAAGGAAAUUGGUUACGUUAAGGAAAAACCGAAGAACUGUGAAACGGAAAAUAAAUUCCAAAAAAGGGAAGAAGAGAUUAUUAUGAAACAAUCUUAUGAUAAAAAUUGUGAUAGAGAUAAAAAGAGAGACAAUCAUAAUGACAGUGAGGAACAAAAUAGGAAUUCGGAUGAAGUGGCUUUAGAAGAAAUGAAAUACAUGCAAGAUGCUUUUGAAGAUUUGGAUUUGGACGAAGAAACAUCUGAUUUUGCAUCGAGUAUAAUAUCGGAAGAAAGAAGAGCCAAGUGUAGCAGAAAAAAUAUGACAUUCACCAACGAACAACUUCGAGAAAUCGAAAGGGUUAAUUUAAUACUUUUAAAAAAAAUAAUGAAUCACAGGAAGCAAAGAGCAAAACCACAAAUUCAACCUCAAAUUCAAAGAAAAACAAGCGCUGCCAUUAAUCGGUCAAAAAUGGAAGAAAAAAUAGACAGAGAAAAUAAGAUUCUAUUGAAAAAACUUCAGUCGGCUAAAGGAACAACUGGUACACUUUCAAGAAAAAAUGAACAAUCUAAAUGCUAUUAG